UGGAACAAGUGUUAAACAUUUUUGUCUUUUAAUUUUAUGGGGGUUGUGCUUUUACUAUACUUGAGGUCUUAGAUUAGGGUCCCUCUUUUCUAGGGUGCAUGGUUUGGCCUAUAUGGUUUCUCUCUCUUACUCUCUCUCUCUCUCUAUUAUUUUCUCUCUCUAGUUCAGAGGUCUAUAUAUAUUGCAUAACUCUCUUAGCUAAUUUGAACUAGAGCAUGCCCAUACCAUUUACAGCUCUCAUUGGAGUAGGGUUGCAACUUCUAGGAGGGAGCAUCAAUGGCUGUGAUGGUGUUGGUGGUGGUUGUUGUUGUGCUCUUUGUGCUCUGCAUCUGCUCUGCUUUGUUAAGAUGGAAUGAGUUGAAAUACAGGAAGAAAGGUCUGCCUCCGGGCACAAUGGGUUGGCCAAUAUUUGGGGAGACCACUGAGUUUCUAAAACAGGGUCCAAACUUCAUGAAAAACCAGAGAGCAAGGUAUGGUAGCUUUUUCAAAUCUCAUAUCCUGGGGUGUCCUACCAUUGUUUCUAUGGAUCCAGAGCUAAAUAGAUACAUCCUGAUGAAUGAAGCCAAAGGCCUGGUUCCUGGUUACCCUCAGUCCAUGCUUGAUAUAAUGGGGAAAUGCAACAUUGCAGCAGUUCAUGGCUCCACCCACAAGUACAUGAGAGGGUCAUUGCUUGCCCUCGUUAGCCCCACCUUGAUCAGAAGCCAGCUUUUGCCCAAAAUUGAUCAGUUCAUGAGAGCCCAUCUCAGUGGUUGGGAUAACCAAGUCAUCAAUAUUCAGGAAAAGACCAAAGAGAUGGCAUUCCUUUCAUCGCUUAAGCAGGUUGCUAGUGCUGAAUGCGAAUUUAUAGCUCCUGUAUUACAGCCUGAGUUCUUUAAGCUUGUUUUAGGAACUUUGUCAUUGCCUAUUGAUCUUCCCGGCACAAAUUAUCGUAGUGGGGUACAGGCAAGGAAGAAUAUUAUUAGAAUACUGAGUCAGCUGAUGGAGGAAAGAAAAGCUUCCAAAGAAACCCACCAAGACAUGCUUUCAGGUUUAAUGGUAAGUGAGGAAAACAAAUACCAGCUAAGUGAUGAAGAAGUUAUUGAUCAGAUAAUUACAAUUUUGUAUUCUGGUUAUGAAACCGUGUCAACUACUUCCAUGAUGGCCGUGAAAUAUCUCCAUGAUCAUCCUAAAGUUCUUCAAGAGCUCAGGGAAGAACAUAUGGCAAUUCGGGAAAGGAAAAAUCCAGAGGAUCCAAUUGACUUUAAUGACCUCAAGUCAAUGAGGUUUACUCGUGCGGUUAUCUUUGAGACCUCAAGAUUGGCUACAAUUGUAAAUGGGGUUUUAAGAAAAACCACUGAAGAUAUGGAACUAAACGGAUUUGUGAUUCCAAAAGGAUGGAGGAUCUAUGUAUAUACAAGAGAGAUAAACUAUGAUCCUUUUCUGUACCCGGAACCAUUGACCUUCAACCCAUGGAGAUGGCUGGUUUGUGACCUUUUUUUUCUUCUUUUUCUCUUAUCUUUUUCCAUGGAUCUGUAUGUGUGGUUCAAAUUUGAUCAAACUGGGUUUGAUUGCAAAUUGCAGGACAAGAGAUUGGAAUCCCACAAUUACUUCUUCAUAUUUGGAGGUGGGACUAGACUUUGUCCUGGAAAGGAACUUGGAAUAGCAGAAAUCUCAGCUUUCCUACACUAUUUUGUAACUAGAUACAGGUGGGAAGAAGUUGGGGGUGACAAAUUAAUGAAAUUUCCGAGAGUGGAAGCACCAAAUGGACUACACAUAAGGGUCUCAUCUUACUAACUUUAACCCAAUAUAUGUACACAGGAAAAAAAAAGUAUAGGAUAUCAUAGGAAAAAUAUUGAUGCAGAACAAUAAAUUCCUAACACAGAUUUAGCAUAUGAAUGAGAAGUUAGCAUUUUUCC